AUGGAAACACGUACCCAAGAACUUAACCCUAGUUUUAAUCGUCGAUCCAGAACGGAACUCACGGGGAAUCGAACAAGACAUUUGAUCACGUUCAAUCCGAAUUCGGCAAAACCCGGGGAAGAAAUCUAUGUGAAUAUUCCCAAACUCAAACCGGAUUCUGUUCUCGUUCCCGAUAGUAUGGCAUUAAUUUUCGACUUUAAAAAUGCCAACGAAAAAUCAUGGUUCCGAAAUAACUUGGGAAAAUUACUACAAAAAAGAUUGGAGAUUCGUCUUGCCGGUGAAAAAGUCUACAAUAACAGCGGUGAAAGUUUACUGGAAAUUUACAAAGACUUGUGGAUGGAUGAAAAACAACGCGCGGAUAUGAUCCAGGACGGAAUUACAACCGAAGCCGUUCGUAAGAAAAUUUCCAAGGACGACGAAGCGAAUGCUGAUGCCGAUGCGACUGCACUGUUUGGAAUUUUCGGGACGAAACAACGGUUAAAAAUUACAAAGAUUUUAGGCGAUCACGGAUUGUAUGCACCGUAUCAUUCCGCCAACGAUCUUCAAUAUGUGAUCACGUUACCACAAGCUUCCGAAAUCAUGAAUGCACAAAGCGGAGAAAAUGUCGAAGGGUAUUCUUUGGAAAAUUUAGAAUUAGAAUACGAAAGUAUCGAAAAUGUGAAUCUUGCACGAAAAUCCGAAAAUCUUUACGGAGCCGAACGCGAAUUAUCUUUUGAACAUGCCACGUUGAUGAAAAAGACCGAAUGGGAUAAAAGUUUAACGAUCGUCAACGAAACCGUCAAUCUUCCACGACGAAGUAUGAAAGCCAUCGUCAUGCUUUUUACGGAAAAAACACCGACCGAUAGCGAAGAAUACGUCUUCCCGAAUAUCGACAGGGUCAAAGUCACAAUCGAAGGUGUUCCGAAUGUUGUGUACAGUCAGGGAAUAACGAAGACGAGGAUGUACGAAGAAGCCAGACGUCUUUUUGGUACCGAUCCGAACGGACAACAAUCCCUGAUCAAAUUUUACAAAGAUAAAAAAUUUGCAUUGGUCAUCGACCUGCGGACGGCAAACGAUGCAAAAACCUAUGGAAACGGAGUGAAAAUUCAAAAUACACAAUCCGGAAUUCUCAUCGAAAUUACGAAAAAAGCGACGACUGCCAAUGUUCUCUGUUACACGUUCGUUCUUUCGGACGGUGUGAUCAAAAUGGUCAACGGACAAUUGAGUGGUGUACGAUAUUAAAAUAGGUGUGAAUCACACCCCUUUUUCAUAUUUUUUGAAAAUAUGAAAAAAUACCAAGAGAUCCUAUUCUGUUUUUUCAUCCUCCCCUUUCACGUCUUCUGUUCCCUUUCUUCCAUACACGUGUUUCACCGUCGUCACACCGCCACUUAAAAUCCCCAAAUACGGAAUGUACGGUGAUAUUCUUUCCACGAGACUUUUCACGUCGCUUUUUAAUAAUUUGUCCUGACCCAAUUCCUCUUUUAAUUCUUCGCCGCUAUCGAUCAUGUGAAGAUUUUCCAACAAUCCCGAAAAUUUUUCGAUCAAUGUUUCCGUGAGUAAAACGUUUGCCUUUUCACGUUGAUUCAGAGUGUAUUCCCGCUUGAUCUUAAAAAUAACCUUGGGCGGUGCUUUUUUCAAAUAAUUUUCGCACUGUGUAAUUUCACCUGUAUUCGAUAACCGGAUUAAUUCGGCACGCGUAUCUUCGAAUAGUUCUUGUUCCGUUUUUUCAUGGGUUGUAUUCUCUUCCCCUUCCAUUACUUGUACUUUAUUUUAUAAUGAUACGGAUGAAUUAAAUUUAUUUCCAGGUACGAAUAUUUAUUUUCUUUUAACUUUUCACGAAUAGAUCUUAGUUUCUGCGGAUCCUCGUCCCCCAAAUAUUCGUCCAGAAUAAUUUUCAUGUCCUGCCUGUUCGGAUUGUAAAACGUUACCAGUUUCUGAAUAUUUUCGCGGUACGGUUUGGCAAUCGAUGUCAACUGCUGUGUGAUCACGAUCGUUGAAAUCUGACGAUGACGUGCACCGAAUCCUAAUUUCACCAAUUCGCUCGUACGAUUCUUUACGGAUUUUGUACUGGCACAAUCGUCCAGGAUAAUCAAUGCGUUAUCUUUUCCCGAUGCAUAAUUCACGACGGAUUUUAACAAAUCUUCCACGUCGUCGUGAUGACACGGAAUGACAAAAAAGUUGGGAUCGUCGUAAAUAAAAUUCCGAUCGUAUGUCCUAUUCCAAUGAUACGUUGGACAGAUUAAAAAGAUUUCGGAAAAUUGACGAAAAUACGUCGUCUUCAACUCUUCGAUUAGAUAAUGUGUUUUUCCACAUGCCGUCAUUCCUACGAUGAUCAUGUUAAACGGGUUCAUUUAAUUAAAAGAUGGGAUGUCUUUCUUCAAAAUCCGGCGAAACUCAAAAGCAGAAUAAAAAUCACAAGAGACGUAAAAUGUUUAGUCUGGGAUUCGGAUUCGAUCACGGGGAUGCGACGACGAGCAUUCAUACACAGAUCGGAUAUUCUAGUAUGACCGUUAAAAAAUACGAUGAAAAACAAAAAGAUGAAAUUAUUCCUGUGGAGAAUCUUAUUAUGGACGAGUCUAAUCGGCUGUCUUCUGAUCCCGAUCACGUUCGAACUGUUACUGAUAGUAAUAAUCCUGAAUAA